AUGGCCUGUUCCUGGAAGCAGAGAGAGGUCCGGGCUGAGCGGGUCUCCGCGCCCCCGCCCACCCGGCACGCGCCAUCCGCGGACGAACGCCGCGUUAUCCGCCGUAUCCCCAGCCGGGACGCAGGGCCCGCCACCCCAGGGCUGACUUCAAAACGUCUUGUCCUCAAAAUUGGGAGAAAUGUCCGUGCAGAGCGGAGGCCGCACACUUACCUUGGGGAGCGCCGGCCUGAGAAGAGGCCUAGGGCCUGGGAAGAGCGCCCCUGGCGGCGGGGCGGGGCGGCGAGUCAGGCGGCGCUCUGUUCCAGGGACGAGUGCCGAGCGCAGGUGGACCGCUUUCCUGCCGCGCGCUUCAAGAAGUUUGCCACCGAAGAGGAAGCCUGGGCCUUCGUCAGGAACUCUGCGCGCGCCGGUGGUUUAGAAGGGCAGGAAAAUGAACAGGGGCAAGAAUCACAAGUGAAAGCCAGCAAGCGGCGCCGUGAGCCCCUGGCCAGAGCAGAAGAGCAGGACGUGGAGCCUCAUGCGAAGCACCUGAGACAGGAUGUGGGGGCGGCCCCUCCAGUGGGCAGGGACACCUUCUCCUACAUGGGAGAAUAUGUCGUUGUCUACACUGACGGCUGCUGCUCCAGCAACGGGCGGAGGCGGGCCCGAGCAGGGAUCGGUGUUUACUGGGGGCCUGGCCAUCCUUUAAAUGUAGGCCUUAGACUUCCUGGGCGACAAACCAAUCAAAGAGCAGAAAUUCAUGCAGCCUGCAAAGCCAUCCAACAGGCAAAGGCCCAGAACAUCAGUAAGCUGGUUCUGUACACGGAUAGUAUGUUCACCAUCAAUGGCAUCACUAACUGGGUCCAAGGGUGGAAGGAGAAAGGGUGGAGGACAAGCACCGGGAAGGAGGUGAUCAACAAGGAGGACUUCAUGGAGCUGGAGAGGCUUGUCCGGGACAUGGACAUUCGGUGGAUGCACAUUCCUGGUCAUUCGGGAUUCACAGGCAACGAGGAAGCCGACAGGUUAGCGAGAGAAGGGGCUAAGCAAGCUGAAGACUGACAGUCGCAGCAUUCUGGGACGUGUGGUCACGUACCUGUGUGAACAGUGAACCUGCGCGGGAGGUGGGGAGACACUUUUGAUCCAGCUCAGAGGCAAGCUGGGUGAUGCUGUGAUUACGUGAUGAAACUGGUCAAACAUGUAAUAACGUGCUCUGAGAUUUGAGACACAUUUGAGAUAUCAGCAUUGUGUUUUAUUGGGCUUGAUACUGUUCUUAUUAGUUUCAUUGCAGUCUGGACAAAAACAUUAAGACUUUAUUUAAUAAGGAUAUUAAUAAAUCUGGUUAAACAGUG